GAGCUGGAGAAGUCUAUGGAGCCAACAGAUCCGGAGCGGAGCAGCCCCCCCAUGCUAUCUGCGGACGAUGCCGAGUACCCGCGGGAGUACCGGACCCUGGGGGGCGGGGGCGGCGCGGGCGGCGGGGGCCGGCGCUUCUCCAACGUGGGGCUGGUGCACACGUCCGAGCGGAGGCACACGGUGAUCGCCGCCCAGAGCCUGGAGGCGCUCAGUGGGCUCCAGAAGGCCGAUGCCGACCGCAAGCGCGAUGCGUUCAUGGACCACCUCAAGAACAAGUACCCCCAGCAUGCCUUGGCCCUGCGCGGUCAGCAGGACAGGAUGCGAGAGCAGGUUGGCGGCUGGACCGUGGACCCCGUGUGCCUCCUCAGCUCCCUCUGCUCCCACCUCCAUGGCGACUCCGCCCCCUCCGGGGCUGGCCAGCCGGCCCAGCAGCCAAACUACUGGAGUUUCAAGACCCGCAGCUCACGCCACACUCAGGGAGCCCAGCCCGGGCUGGCAGACCAGGCAGCCAAGCUGUCAUACGCCUCGGCUGAGUCGCUGGAGACCAUGUCCGAGGCGGAGCUGCCCCUGGGCUUCAGUAGGAUGAACCGCUUCCGACAGAGCCUGCCCCUCUCCCGCUCUGCCAGCCAGACCAAGCUGCGCUCACCAGGGGUGCUGUUUCUGCAGUUCGGGGAGGAGACUCGGCGCGUGCACAUCACGCACGAGGUCAGCAGCCUGGACACGCUGCACGCGCUCAUCGCGCACAUGUUCCCGCAGAAGCUCACCAUGGGCAUGCUUAAGUCGCCCAACACCGCCAUCCUCAUCAAAGACGAAGCUCGCAACGUCUUCUACGAGCUGGAGGACGUCCGGGACAUCCAGGACCGAAGUAUUAUCAAGAUCUAUAGGAAGGAGCCAUUAUACGCAGCUUUUCCUGGCUCACACCUUACCAACGGGGACCUCCGGAGGGAGAUGGUGUAUGCCUCGAGGGAGUCGUCGCCCACACGGCGUCUCAACAACCUGUCGCCGGCGCCGCACCUGGCGUCCAGCUCUCCGCCCCCGGGGCUGCCGUCCGGGCUGCCCUCGGGGCUGCAGUCGGGCUCGCCGUCGCGCUCGCGCCUCUCCUACGCCGGGGGACGCCCGCCCUCCUACGCUGGCAGCCCGGUGCAUCACGCGGCCGAACGGCUCGGGGGCGCCCCCGCCGCCCAGGGCGUCAGUCCCAGCCCCAGCGCCAUCCUGGAGCGGCGCGACGUGAAGCCAGACGAGGACCUGGCGGGCAAGGCGGGCGGCAUGGUGCUGGUGAAGGGUGAGGGGCUCUACGCCGACCCCUACGGGCUGCUCCACGAGGGCCGCCUGAGCCUGGCCGCGGCAGCCGGCGACCCGUUCGCCUACCCGGGCGCCAGCGGCCUCUACAAGCGCGGCUCCGUGCGCUCGCUCAGCACCUAUUCGGCCGCCGCGCUGCAGUCCGACCUGGAGGACUCGCUGUACAAGGCGGCGGGCGGUGGCCCGCUCUACGGCGACGGCUAUGGCUUCCGCCUACCGCCCUCAUCGCCUCAGAAGCUGGCCGACGUGGCGGCGCCCCCCGGAGGCCCCCAGCCGCCGCACAGUCCCUACUCGGGGCCGCCCAGCCGCGGCUCGCCGGUGCGCCAGUCUUUCCGCAAAGACUCAGGUUCUUCGUCGGUCUUCGCGGAGAGCCCCGGAGGCAAGACCCGCAGCGCGGGGGGCUCCUCAACGGCCGGAGCCCCGCCUCCCGAGCUCUUCCCCGGGCCUGGGGAGCGCCCGCUGGUUGGAUUUGGGCCGCCGGUGCCAGCCAAGGACACGGAGACCAGAGAGCGCAUGGAGGCCAUGGAGAAGCAGAUUGCCAGCCUCACGGGCCUGGUACAGAGUGCCCUACUACGAGGCUCGGAGCCUGAGACCCCCAGCGAGAAGAUUGAAGGCUCCAAUGGAGCAGGAACCCCGUCAGCACCCUGUGGGUCAGGCAGCCGGAGCAGCGGGGCCACCCCAGUGUCUGGCCCUCCCCCACCCUCGGCCAGCAGCACUCCUGCGGGGCAGCCCACUGCCAUCAGUCGUUUGCAAAUGCAGCUGCACCUGCGUGGCCUACAGAACAGCACCAGUGACCUGCGCAGCCAACUUCAGCAACUUCGAAAGCUCCAGCUACAGAACCUGGAGUCGUUGCGCGCGCUGCUGAAAGGCACAGAGGCGGAGCUGAGCAUGCGCGUGUCGGAGGCUGCGCGAAGGCAGGAGGACCCGCUGCAGCGGCAGCGCACCCUGGUGGAGGAGGAGCGGCUGCGCUAUCUCAACGACGAGGAGCUCAUUACCCAGCAGCUCAAUGACCUGGAGAAGUCGGUGGAGAAGAUCCAACGGGAUGUGUCCCACAACCACCGGCUGGUGCCUGGGCCGGAGCUGGAGGAGAAGGCGCUGGUGCUGAAGCAGCUCGGGGAGACCCUGACUGAGCUCAAGGCUCACUUCCCAGGCCUGCAGAGCAAGAUGCGGGUAGUGCUGCGUGUGGAGGUGGAGGCCGUGAAGUUCCUGAAGGAGGAGCCGCAGCGCCUAGACGGGCUACUCAAGCGCUGCCGUGGGGUCACAGACAUGCUGGCCCAGAUCCGAAGGCAAGUGGACGAGGGUGUGUGGCCACCCCCCAACAAUCUCCUGAAUCAGUCCCCCAAGAAGGUGACUGCCGAGACAGACUUCAACAAGAGCUUGGACUUCGAAAUGCCACCCCCCAGCCCUCCACUGAACCUCCAUGAGCUGAGUGGGCCCGCUGAGGGAGCCCCUCCUACUCCUAAGGGCAACCCUACCAAAGGCCUGGACGCUGCUGGCAAGAGAAGCGUGGACAAGGCUGUGUCUGUUGAGGCUGCCGAACGGGACUGGGAGGAGAAGCGGGCAGCCCUGACCCAGUACAGCGCCAAGGACAUCAACCGGCUGCUGGAGGAGACGCAGGCAGAGCUGCUGAAGGCCAUCCCUGACCUGGACUGUGCGAGCAAGGCCCACCCGGGCCUGGCCCCCACCCCUGACCACAAGCCCCCUAAGGCCCCCCACGGCCAGAAGGCAGCCCCCCGAACGGAGCCCAGUGGAAGGAGGGGCUCAGAUGAGCUGACGGUGCCUCGAUACCGCACAGAGAAGCCCUCCAAGUCGCCCCCGCCGCCCCCUCCCCGCCGGAGCUUCCCCUCCUCCCAUGGCCUGACCACCACGCGCACUGGGGAGGUUGUGGUCACCAGCAAGAAGGACUCGGCCUUCAUCAAGAAGGCCGAGUCCGAGGAACUGGAGGUGCAGAAGCCCCAAGUGAAGCUGCGCCGGACCGUGUCCGAGGUGGCCCGCCCGGCCUCCACACCACCCAUCAUGGCCUCUGCCAUCAAGGAUGAGGACGACGAGGACCGCAUCAUCGCCGAGCUAGAGAGUGGUGGUGGCAGUGUGCCACCCAUGAAGGUGGUGACUCCAGGGGCCUCUCGGCUGAAGGCAGUCCAGGGCCAGGCAGGCAGCCCCGACAAAGGCAAGCAUGGCAAGCAGAGGGCCGAGUACAUGAGGAUCCAGGCCCAGCAGCAGGCCACUAAACCAUCUAAAGAGAUGAGCGGGUCGAAUGAGACCUCAAGCCCAGUCUCAGAAAAGCCCGCGGCUUCCAGAACCUCUAUCCCUGUAUUGACUUCCUUUGGGGCGAGGAAUUCUUCCAUCUCCUUCUAGAAGCCCCCUCCCACCUCCACCUCAGCCUGUCCCCCCUCCUCACCCCUGUCACUUCUCUCCCUGCUCACCUUCCUCUCAUCUCCACCCUACCCCCACCCCAUUCUCUGGACCCUCUGAAGGGUUUGCCGCGGGUGUGGCCCUCCUCCGCUCUCUGCACCCAUCCCCUUGUUGGUGUUUUUGGUUUUUUAAACGACUCACUUUUAAUUAUCUUUUUUUUUUUUUUUUUUUUUUAAGUAAAACAGUAAAACUAAAAACCAAAACACACCACCUUCCCUUGAUUUCCUGUUUCUGGCCUGCCUCCUGUCAUCCUUGCUCCAUUUUCUCUUUACCCACGCUUCCUCCCAAGUCCAUCCCCACGUUCCUGCACCCUAUGCUCCCUUCCUGAGAGCACUCCAACUAAACUCUGAGCCACGGAGACUUGGAGCGGCGGGACACCCCUCUCCCCUUCCUCGGAAACCUCCCUGGAGGAAUACCUGGACGUUGGACCAACCCCCACUAUCAGGCCGGCAGCCAGGACGCAGGGAGACUCUAGCCCUGGAGGUGCCCCACCUGCCGGCCUCAACAGGACUGAACUCCGCUCCGCUCCGCUCCGCUCCGCUCCCUUCUGCUCGUGCCCUGUGGGUCUGGAGUCAUGAUGGGUGGGGCAGGGGUGGAGGGGCCAGUAUGAGGCCUUUGAAUCUGCGUGUCCGUGUCUGUGGAGACGAGUUGGCUUCCUGGGACUCCCUUCUUGUUUGUGGUGAGGAGCCGCCUGGCCCGUGCCGAGCGAGGAGGGGGCCCUGCUGGACGGUUGGUUGUGGGUGGCGGGUUGAGCAGACAGCCUGACCCUGGGGGUCACUGCCUUGGAAGAGGGCAGCCCUGAGAAGGGGUAUUUGGUACUUUCAGUUUCCUAAUUUAGCACUUUAAAUGACAUUAACUUAUUUAAUGGGGGUAGGGUGGGCAAGAAUGAAGGGCCUAGAAAACUAGAUUUGGGGACCUGGAGGGUGGGAAGGGGCUGGUUGUAAGGGAAGUGGGGGGAAUAGAGAGGGUCUGAUGGGGGGGGCGGUGAGGACAGCUCUGACCCAAAGGUCAAGUGACAUGACCUUCAGCCAUCUUCUUUGAGAUAAUGAGGGUUUUCAGGGAAGGGAUGAGAUGUGAUUUUUUCAGCGGGGAGCUGGUGACCCUUGGUGAGUUCCUUGAGGGUCCCUGAGGCCUGACCAGCCAGCCAGCGCCCCUAAACCGACCUGUGGAUGCCUGUGUAGCUUAAGGCCAGGUCCUGAGAGGAGGAGAGAAAGACCAAUUUUGGUUCUCAGCCCCAGGCCACCCAAGGGCACAGUGAGGGGCCAGCAAGGGGGUUACACGAGUGGGGGGUGGUGCAAGGAGGGUCCCCAGGGAGUAGGGUUCUUAUUUGGAGCACAAAGUGGGGUAAGCACAGGGGAGACUUUGGAGUUAGCCUCCCCAAGUAAGCACAGAAAGAAGGAGCCAUUGAAGGGGCAGAACCCCCUAGUCCCUGGGGCCUGGCUGGAAGGUCAGUGCCUGGGGAGAGCCAGGGGAGCUGUUGAGGGCUGGGGAGGGAGGGGAAACCAGGGUUGUGUUUCUUCAUUUCUUUUUGUUUUGUUUUUGUUUUGGUUUUUGGUUUUUUUUUUUUUUGUUGUUGGUUCAUCCUUGUUUUCUAGCUUUGGAUCAUUUUUGUACAAAGGCAAGCAAGCCUUUUUGAAAAAUAACAAGAGGAAAAAAAAAAAUCUCUCCUGAAAAAAAAAAAAACCCUUGGAAAAUAGAAAAAAAAAAAAGGACCUCAUAAAUGAUGCAAUUACUUUUAAUUGCAGGCAACUCUUUACAUUUAAGUGAAGUGUCUUAACAUUUUAUAUUGUUUUAAAAAUAUAUUUACAUAUUAUAUAUAUAUAAUAUACGUAAUAUAAAUAUAUAUAAAUAUUUAAAAAAAAAAGAAAAAAAAAAACCACGGCGCUCUCUCCCUGGCCGCUGUUUCGGCGGGGGAGGGGGGCUGGAGGAUGGGCACAUCGGCCUGGCUUCUGUGGUCCAGUGAAAUGGUUUGCUUUGAUUUGGCUGUACAGAGACCCCCUGACUGGGAGGGGAGGGGGGAGUGGUGCCCCCUCCUCCCUCCACUCCAUGACUCUUUGCUUGCUACUUUUUGCUCGCCCCCACCUCCCACCCUCGGCCCUGUGACCUGAACGUGUGCCCCACCGUCUUUGUCCUGAGUUGAACGUCCCUUUGUGGGGGGAGGAGGAGGUGUCCAUCCACGAGGGGGCAGAUGGAGGGAGCCGUGGGCCCCACCCCACCCACUCACGGAGAGCCCAGUGGGAUUUGCAUCUUUCUUUCCCUUUGGUUCCUGCACAUUUCCGGGCUGAGAGGCGUUUGUGUGGAGUUGUGCGCAGCCUGUGUGUGUGUGUGUGUGUGCGCGCGCGCGCGUGCGCGCACUGGCACGGGUCCACUUACCCAUGUGUGGAGGGAAGCAUGUGUGUGCACAGGCGUGACCUUCUACGCGGGUGUGCGGGGAGGCAUGCGCACCAAGUGCAUGUACCCUGCUGGGGUGUCGGUACGUGCCCCCCCUGCAUGUCAGUCCAGGGAGCUUCACGCAUGAGAAGGCGUGUAGUGUGUGUGUGCAGACACGCGUGGCUGCGAGAGACUCGUAUGUGUGCGGGCCACAUACGCGUGGACAGGGGUGUACGUGAAGGUGCAUGUGACUGUGUGCGGGCGUGUGCGUGUGCACAGGUGUGGAGACUCAGGCGCGUGGGAAUGCUUGCGUGUGUGUUCCAUCGGCCCUGCACCGCUCGCUUUGGCUCCCCUCCCAAUCCCCCAGCCCCUGGCCCUCUGCAAGCCCGCAGCACGUCAAUGCCCCCCAGCUGCAUGCGCCUCGCUGCUCUGUCCAUCAGUGUGUGCUUGACCAAGAGAAAACUAAGACGUCCGGGGGGGGGUCCCUGUACCUGGUCCCCCCGCCCCACCCACUGUGCUGUGUUACUCGCAUGGGGGGGUUCCUUUCCCGCCCCUUCCACAAUAUGCUGUUUCCCCAGGAGCCUCCGGCCCGCGGCUCUGAGAAGGGGUCCAGGUGAGGCCCCACCCCCACCCCAGGCUGAGCCCCGGCUCCGCACCCCCGCCCCGUCCACCCCGUAGGGCCCGUGUUGGUGUAGCAGUGAUGGCUUCUGUGGAUAUUCUGUGACCUCUGUCAGUGUAACUUGACAAUUUCUAAAUGGAAAAGGAUUGCUGUGUUUUCUCUGUCUCUCUUUUUUAAUGUCCUUUUUCUUCUCCUCACUUCCCUGCUCUCUUUCCUUUCCGGUUUUUCUAGCCGAGUGUUUGGGGCUUAAAUAAAACUUGUUUCUUUUUCCUCUCCUGGA